UAUUUUUCCACCCGGCAGGAUGGGCGCUGCAGAGCCGCCUGCUCAGACAACAGCCGCGCGAGGCCGGGACGCAGCAGUCGCCCGCCGCCCGCGCCCCGCACCCGGAGCUCUGGCUGGCGGGCAGUCCGGCCUGAGGGAGCCGCACACGCACGUCCAGGAGACACAGCUAUGGCUACCAAGGAGAAGCUGUUAUGCCUGAAGGACUUCCACAAGGACAUCUUGAAGCCAUCGCCGGGCAAGAGCCCAGGCACACGACCUGAGGAUGAGGCAGAGGGCAAGCCGCCCCAGCGAGAGAAGUGGGCCAGCAAGAUUGACUUUGUGCUGUCUGUGGCAGGCGGCUUCGUGGGCUUGGGCAAUGUCUGGCGUUUCCCAUACCUCUGCUACAAGAAUGGUGGAGGUGCAUUCCUCAUCCCCUACUUCAUUUUUCUGUUUGGGAGCGGCCUGCCCGUCUUCUUUCUGGAGGUCAUCAUUGGCCAGUACACCUCGGAGGGUGGCAUCACCUGCUGGGAGAAGAUCUGCCCUCUCUUCUCUGGCAUUGGCUACGCAUCCAUUGUGAUCGUAUCACUGCUGAAUGUGUACUACAUAGUCAUCCUAGCCUGGGCCACCUACUACCUGUUCCAGUCCUUCCAGCAGGAGCUGCCCUGGGCACACUGCAACCACAGUUGGAACACGCCACAGUGCCUGGAGGACACGAUGCGCAAAAACAGGAGCCUGUCAGUCCCACUGAACUACACCAACUUCACAUCGCCCGUCAUCGAGUUCUGGGAGCGCAACGUGCUGAGCCUGUCCCCUGGGAUUGACCACCCCGGCGCGCUCAAGUGGGACCUGGCCCUCUGCCUGCUGCUCGUCUGGCUGGUGUGCUUCUUCUGCAUCUGGAAGGGUGUGCACUCCACAGGGAAGGUCGUCUACUUCACGGCCACCUUCCCAUUUGCCAUGCUGCUGGUGCUGCUGGUUCGUGGGCUGACGCUGCCUGGUGCAGGUGAGGGCAUCAAGUUCUACCUGUACCCUGACCUCAGCCGCCUGGAGGACCCACAGGUGUGGAUCGAUGCGGGGACACAGAUCUUCUUCUCCUACGCCAUCUGCCUGGGCGCUAUGACGUCGCUGGGGAGCUACAACAAAUACAAGUACAACUCGUACAGGGACUGUAUGCUGCUGGGAUGCCUCAACAGUGGUACCAGUUUUGUGUCUGGCUUCGCAAUUUUUUCCAUCCUGGGCUUCAUGGCACAAGAGCAAGGGGUGAACAUUGCUGAUGUGGCUGAGUCAGGGCCUGGCCUAGCCUUUAUCGCCUACCCGAAGGCAGUGACCAUGAUGCCGCUGCCCACCUUCUGGUCGAUUCUCUUUUUCAUUAUGCUCCUCCUGCUGGGACUGGAUAGCCAGUUUGUUGAAGUCGAGGGACAGAUCACAUCCUUGGUGGAUCUUUACCCAUCCUUCCUAAGGAAGGGUUAUCGCCGGGAAAUCUUCAUUGCCAUUGUGUGCAGCAUCAGCUACCUGCUGGGGCUGUCAAUGGUGACGGAGGGUGGCAUGUACGUGUUUCAACUCUUUGACUACUAUGCAGCUAGCGGUGUAUGCCUUUUGUGGGUUGCAUUCUUUGAAUGUAUUGUUAUUGCCUGGAUUUAUGGGGGUGAUAACCUCUAUGAUGGUAUUGAGGACAUGAUCGGCUAUCGGCCUGGACCCUGGAUGAAGUACAGCUGGGCGUUCGUCACUCCUAUUCUCUGUGUUGGCUGUUUUAUCUUCUCGCUCGCGAAGUACGUGCCCCUGACCUACAACAAGGUCUACACAUACCCGACCUGGGCCAUUGGGCUGGGCUGGGGCUUGGCCCUGUCCUCCAUGGUGUGUGUCCCUCUAGCUGUGCUCAUCCGCCUCUGCCGCACUGAGGGGCCGCUGCGUGUGCGGAUUAAGUAUCUGCUGACCCCAAGGGAGCCCAACCGUUGGGCUGUGGAGCAAGAAGGCGCUACGCCGUUUGCCGCGCACCCAGCCGCCAAUGGGAUACUCAUGCAGCCCACGCACAUCGUGGUGGAGACCAUGAUGUGACCCUGCCGCCCUGCUGUUUACUAACAUUAGAUCUCAUAGGACCAGGUUUACAGAGCUUUAUAUUUGCACUAGGAUUUUUUUUAAUUGUCACAGAAAACGUUACUCCACAUGUGUGCGCGUUUGUGUAUUGUGCGUGCGUGUGUUUCAUUUUGAUUUGGGGAUAUUUUGUACAAAAAGAAAACUCUUGGGCAGAAGUCCCCGGGGAGAAGCCGAGCUUUCAUACGGGAUUAGAUGUAUUUUAUGGGAACUUGGUAAAUUUUUCUUUGUAUCUUUUUCAUAAAACUAUAUACACUUAGAGAUUGUCAUACACUCUACCAUGUAAGUGGAUCUUCUUGCCAGCAAGAUCUCAUUUUCAAAAGCAAUUCUUGGUGCUUGCAGAGCUGGCAGAGAGCUCCACCCUGAGCCUGCAGGGCAGGGUUUUUCUAAGAUGCAGAUGCCGCCACACAGGUGCAGCCUCCAAGCCAGUCCAGGUGGGUGGAGGGGGCUGUGAGGGCACUGUGGCCAAGAAGAGCGAUGCCAGCACAGCCACCUGACCCCCUGACCAGAGCCAAGAGAGGGGGUCCUCAGCAAAUCCAAGCAUGGUAGACCACAGGAUGUGGGACCAAACCCCCAUCUUUUGAGACUGACGGUGGAAGGUCAGCGGGAACCAGGUGGACACAGGGAGCAAACAGGAACCUGGAUGGGUGGUAGGGGACAGGGCUCAGGCCGAGGAGCUACUAUGCUCCCUGAAUGUUCCAAGUAGAUCCCAGGCUGAGUAGUAGUCCAGGAACAGCUGGGUUCCACCAAGUGGGUCCUUACCAGUGCCAAACCAUCCCUAAACAUGACUACUCAGGUGCCCUCUGCCUGUGUCACCUUCCUGUCCUCGUCCCCAGCUAUUGGGAGACCCUUGACAACACCCAACUCCCAGCAAGUUUGCCAGGAGUAGCAUUCAAGGCAGGGCCUUGGUCAGGGGCAGUGCCCCCUUGAUUCUCCACCUUCUACCAUGACCUGGAUGCCCCAGUGUCCUGGUCCCUAAGCUGGUCCUGCACUUGCUGCUGUCAGAUAAUUGCAGUGUGGGGAUCGAGGGAGGAAGUGGGACAUGUGCAGAGCUGGGGAGCAGGGGGCUGGCACCCCAGAACCAAGAGAAGCGCAGCAUAUUGACACCACCCAGCGCAGACAUCUCCACUUGGAAAACCCAGAGCAGAAGCAGGACCAGUUCAAAGGCAGCCUCUUUCCAGGGAGUGGGAAGCAAUCAGGCUUUAGCAUGCAGAGUAGGACUCUCAGAUCCUAGAAGCCCACUCUCUACCCCAGAUUUGGGAGUUGGGAUGUCUUCAGUGCCCUUCCCUAGGGGCGGUGCUGGACCUCUUGUCUGUGACAUGAGUGUAUUUCUAUUUCCAAAGCUGUAAACUCUGCCAGACACUACCCAUCCCUUCACAGCUGUUGGACAUCCUGUGUCCCCUUGCUGUGUUGGUUGUUACUGCGUAUAUGAUUUGAUCGGACUCUUGUUUCCUCCUGGUUUUACUGCGUGGCAUUGUGACCUGUCUUCUUGUCUUGGGGAAUUUGUUAACCACCAUCAACGAGGAAAGGCAGGUGAUGGCUGAUGGCCCAGGCUUCUGUGGUCAUUGACUCCAACCUCCAUUCUGGCUCCAACCCCAUGGAGAGUUCUCAUGUGUGGGUCAGAGACAGAUGACCAGAGGAAGAUCUUUCUGAUGAUUCCCAGACCAAAUCCUAGACCAAAGACAUGCACAGGCUGAAUGCCUAGGCCCCGCCAGACACCUGUCUUCCUCUGGCCUCAUGCCCUCCCUGCCAGUCCAUGUACAAUGUCACCUGUCAUUGUCCCCAUGGCAAUGUGGUGCUGGUGAGAGCUGUAACUCCAAGAAUAGGGAGGAUCCCCACUGCUCUGUUAGGUCUGGAUAGGAAUAACCCUGGAUCGGGGUAAGCUUCAGCCAGGGAGCAGCCUGGGGUAGCCCCCAAGGGUUCUAUGAGUAGAUGGGGAUGUUGUGGCCCAGGAUAGGGGGGGACAAGCCGACACUGAAUCAGGCCAGUUGUGGCUCCUCCACGAGAUGGCACCCUGGGUCUUCCAGGCCACUGGAGGUUCCAUCCCUCUCCUCCCAGCCCUCUGAAAGUCAGGUGCCGAGAGCCCCACUGGCACAAGAUGAAACAGGCCCAGGUCAGCUGGGGAAAGGUGUGCAGGUGAGCUCCCUGCUGACCAGUGUCACUAUGGUGCCCAUGGCCUUAGCACUGCCCUCUGAAUGAGGUGCUCGGGGACAGCCAGUCCACGGACAGAGCGCCCCCUUCUCCAUAGGACUCAGUUACAGGCCAGGAGAGGACCCAAGAGAGGCCUGGGUCCCACUGUCCCUCAUUCUUGUGUCCACCUGGUGCCCUAAAUACCUCUGUGCAGUGAGGGAGAUGCCCACAGCAAGGGCCCUGGGUGCUGUGUCCCAUCCUCUGUGGAGUCACCAUGCUGGCACAUACUUGGUGCCUGCUGUAUUUUUGGCGUCAGACUGAGACCAGAGCUCUUGUUUUCCGCCCAGUGAAACUUCCAGUCCCUGACAACUGUGACGCUGUAUUUAGCACAAGAGAAAUGGAGAGCAUGAGUUUGCCUCCUUCCAGAAACAUGUCUGGCUCAUCGGUUUUGUAAAGCAUCAAAAUAUUUUUAAGAUAUUUUAAACUUUUGUAAAAAAAAAAAAAAAAAAAAAAGGAAAAGAAAAUCCACCAACAAAAGACUUUGCAUUGGGACAAGAUCUGGGGGUGUGAUUCAGUCCCGCGGUAUACAGGCUUCUGUGUGUAAACGUUUUAUGAUCUGAAUCCCUGUGGUGUGCGGGGGUUUCCCCCCCUUUGCUUUUUAGAUAAAUAUGUAUAUCGAUAUUUUAAAUUCAUCUUUGCUUUUUUUAGAGGAGUUUGUAAUUACCUUAUAACAUGACAAUAAACAUUUCCUUUUUAAAAUUC